AUUUAGGGGGAAAAAACACAAAUGUUCUUUAUGUCAGGAAACCUUACACUCCCAAACUUCACCUGUAAUCAAAGUAUUUCUAUGCAAAGUGUUUUUAUGCUGUGACAUCUGAUAGGCUGGAGGCUCCUCCCUGACUGGGAGUUCAGGCUGUGAUACUGAAGGCUGCACCUGGUGGAAAUAAAGGGUGGGGGUGGGAACAAUCCAAAAAGAAGGGAGAUGAAUGGAAAAGCACAACAGCCUCUAAUCCAAACCUCUUUGGUCUGCGUUUAGACGCCUCUGUGUUUUGGAGACGGACAGCAGCCGGACUUUCACCUUAGCAACAUUUGUUGAGUUUGUGGAGGAGCAGCAGGGGAGCGUUCAGCUCAUUAGCACUGACAGUGACUAUCUGACAGCCGCGUGUCUGUAAGAACGUCCAGUAAUGUGUCAAAACUGAACCAAGCCUCCGAGAGACCAUCUUCCCAGAGUCUUUAUGUUCCAGUCCGCUUUACAUCAUGGUUAAGGACGAUUCUCAAUCAGGUUUCACAUGGGAGGCGAGAGCAAACGGCCGGGGCUUCCACACAGCCAGACAGAAGAAAUCCUUCCUCUGCUUCCAAUGGGGGCGAUAUGCAGGCAACGCGGUGCACAGUCAUAAAUACUCCCCCCUGACCUUCCUGCCCCUGACGCUGUUCGAGCAGUUCCACAGAGCUGCCAAUCUCUAUUUCCUCCUCAUGGUGGUGCUGCAGUGUGUCCCGGCCAUCUCAUCCAUACCGUGGUACAUCACCAUGAUCCCGUUGCUCGUCGUCCUCUCUGUCAGGGCCUUCAAAGACCUCGCCAACGACAUGGCCAGAAGACGCUGUGAUGCUGCGGUGAACUCUCGGUGCUGUGAUGUCCUCAUCUCCCAAAGUUUCAGAUCAGCUCAGUGGAAAGACUUGUGUGUUGGAGACAUUCUGCGGAUCAGCAAAGACCAAGUCAUCCCCGCAGACCUUCUGCUUCUCUGCAGCUCUGAGCCUCACAGCUUAUGUUACGUGGAGACGGCCGACAUUGACGGAGAGACCAACCUGAAGUACCGACAGGCCCUCUCCUCCACACACAUCCAUCUGACCUGCUGCCCAUCAGAGGGCGCUCUUGCUGCUUUUGAUGGUGUUGUGCAGUGCGAAGAACCCAACGACCGCCUGUACGUUUUCCGAGGUCAUCUGCUGUGGCGGGGGGAGUGUUAUCACCUGGAGAACGAGCACAUCCUCCUUAGGGGAACCGUUCUGCGUAACACAGGCUUUGCUUACGGCCUGGUCGUGUACUCGGGCACAGACUGUAAGAUAAUGAGGAACUGCGGGAAACUGAAAGUAAAGACGGCACGAACCGAGCAAGUUCUCAACAAAAUGGUCAUCGGGAUAGUCCUGUGUCUGCUCCUGGUGGCUCUACUCCUCGCCGUUGGCAACAGCGUGUUUUCAGGCGGGGUCAUGCGGCAGGAGGGGCCUCUGUCUGCGAUGGUGUUUAACGGCAAUCCAGCCUACUCAGGAUUCCUGGUCUACUGGAGCUACAUCAUCCUCCUGAGUCCCGCCAUGCCCAUCGCGCUCUAUAUCACGUUCGAGGUGAUCCACACCAUCCACAGCCGCUUCAUCGGCUGGGACCUGCAGCUGUACUGGCAGCCGGGAGACAGACCGGCAGAGGCCAGGAACACCUCGCUGAACGAGGAGCUGGGCCAGGUGGGAUACCUGCUGAGUGAUAAAACGGGGACGCUUACACAGAACCGACUGCUCUUCAGACAGUGCUGCAUUGCCGGCGAGAUCUACGGCAACGGCUCAGUCAGGGCAGAAGAAGUGGAGCCCAUGGAUUUGAGCUGGAACCCGUUCUCGCGCGGAGGCCUGCACAUGUCUGCCCAAAGCCUUGUGGAGAAGCUCCGAGGACACCAGUGUCCAGCCAGCAGGCAGUUCUUCAGGGCUCUGGCCUUGUGCCACACGGUCAUGGCAGAGUGGAAGGACGAGACUCCUGUCUAUCAGGCCGCCUCCCCAGAUGAGGAGGCUCUGGUGGGUGCAGCCAGGGAACUGGGCUGGGUCUUCCUGCGCAGGACCAGGGACUGCGUGGUGGUCUCUGAGCUGGGCGUCUCUCAUCAGUAUCAGCUGCUGGCUUUGUUAGACUUUACCAGCAGAAGGAGACGCAUGUCUGUGCUCGUGCGGGAACCGGGGGGGGCAUUAAACCUUUACUGCAAGGGGGCAGACAUGGUGAUUCUGGAGCGCCUUCAGAAAAACUCCCCAUAUCUGGAAAGAACUGAAACAGCUCUGCAGGUGUUUGCUGAGGCCUGCCUGAGGACGCUGUGCGUCGCGGUUCGGUCCGUUCCUGAAGCAUCAUGGGAGAAGUGGAGGAAAACUCUGGCUUUGUGUGCUGUCAUGGCAACUGCUGAGCGUGACACGCAGUUGGAGAAGCUGUACGAUGAGAUGGAGCAAGAUCUGCAGCUCCUGGGGGUAACAGCAAUUGAAGACCGGCUUCAAGAGGGUGUUCCUGAAACCAUCUGUCUUCUUCGGAAGGCCAGAAUUAAAGUAUGGGUGCUGACUGGGGACAAAAAAGAAACUGCCGUAAACAUUGGAUACUCGUGUAAACUGCUGGAUCCGGAUGCCAGGCUGUUGGAAUGGCAGGACCUCAGACAGAUACUCCAGUCAGCAGAUCCACAGGUCAGCUUCAUGAAGGCCAGGCAGAUGGAGCUGUGGGCCACCAGCAAAGAGAACGCUCCAGCGAAGGUUUCUCUGGUCUUCACCGGGCCUGAGCUGGCGGAGUUUGAGCAGAAACCAGAGUGGGGGGCCACUUUCAUGAACCUGGCACAGCAGUGUCAGUCUGUUCUGUGCUGCCGGGUCACGCCUGCUCAGAAAGCUGAAAUUGUAAAGUUGGUCCGGAAACACACAGACGCCAUCACCAUGUCCAUCGGAGACGGCGCCAAUGACGUCAACAUGAUUAAGACGGCCCACAUUGGAGUGGGAGUGGCAGGCGUUGAAGGAGGUCAGGCAGUGCAGAAUGCCGACUUUGCCCUGUCUCAGUUCAGGUUUUUGCAGAAGUUGCUGCUGGUUCAUGGCCGCUGGUCCUACCGUCGCAUUUCCUUCUUCCUACGCUACUUCCUGUUCAAGACCUGUAGCUUUGCUCUCGUGCACAUUUGGUUUGGCUUCUUCAACGGCUUCAGCUCGCAGUCUCUGUAUGAGACCUGGUUCAUCGCGCUCUACACAGUCUGCUACACGGCCGCACCUGUCAUGUGCGUGGCUAUUUUUGAACAGGAUGUGAGUGCAGAGACCAGCCUCGAGCUGCCGGAGCUGUACAGGAGUGGACAGCAGCAGGAGCUUUCUGGACCUCUGCAGCUCUGUCUGUCUUUGCUGCAUGCCGUCUACACGUCGCUCGUCCUCUUCUUUGUCUCGUUUGGAGUUUUUUACAACACAGCCUACGACUACCAGACCAUGGCCAUCACUGUCGCCAUGGCAGCCACUUUUACUGCCUCUGCUGAGAUUGUGAUCCUGACUAAAUACUGGACAAAGUUGAAUGUAGCAGCUGUGUGUGUCUCUGUGGUGAUGUUCUUCAUCUGCAGCAGGAUCACCCACAGCAGUUUCCUCUUCCAGAGGUCGCCCAGCGACUAUUACUUUCUAGGUGUGUCUGAGAGGGCCUUUGCAGAUCCCGUCGUCUGGCUGACGGCUCUGCUCGCCGCCUGGACGGCCGUUCUGCCAUCCUUCUCUGCCCACGCCUUCAGAGCAGUUCUCAACGCUCCAGACAAACACAAGGUUCACAGCACAGCCCCUCAAACCGUGGAGAUGAGCUCAAAGUUCACAAGAAGGUCGCCUCUGCGCCGCUCCUCCUACGCCGUCUCUCAGGGGGAGGGGCCUGGCCGUGUCAUCAACUCAGCAGUCUCCACCCGAAGUGCAGUGAUGAUGAUGGAUGAGAAGUCAGCUGCGACUAGUAAACCGGCUGGCUGACGCACUCAGUGACGCUGGACUAACAUGAAGAUUUACUCACAAACAUAAUUGUUGAAGUGAAAAUGUCUUUUAUGCAAUAUUAAAUACUACACUGCAGGACUCAUGUUAUUACACAAGUAGAUGUGGGAUUUCUGAGAUUGUAGAUCAUCAUUUUAAUUUAACUUAGUCGUGAAAAUCAAUCUUUUAUCUGUUAAAGAAGCACAAACGUCUGUUAAAAAGAAUCAAAUAAAACAUGCAAACUUUG